AUGUCACAGCGGCCAUCAACGCCUCCUGCUAGGCCCGAUGAAACCCAAGCGCGCGCCUCCUUAACCCCAGAACAGGUGAGGAGAAUCGAGAUCAACCGCCUCAAAGCAAAAGCGCUUCGAGAACAACGAGAUUCGGAGGCAGCCGCGAUAUCCGGCUCCCGGACACCAGGUGCCUCUAUUUCUGGUCAGAAGCGCAGCCACGACACAUUCUCUGAUAUCCCGGCCACGAAUCGAGAUGCGAGAACCGAGGCGGAUUCAGGCCGUCCGCUCGAGGCUAUCCGCCCGGCGCGGAAUUUCACAAAAUAUGUCGAAUAUGAUUUCAGUAAGAUGACAGACACAAAGGGUGGGUUCCUCACGGCGGAAGAUGAUCCUCACAACAAGGCGAUGCGUGCCGAUGAGCAGGACAAGAAGCCCUCACACAUGACCCAGCAGGAGUGGGAAAGACAGCAACUUUUGAAAUCUUUGCGCAACCAGAAGGCGGGACCCUUCGAACCAGGUAUCAGUGCCAUCAGAGAUGAAGCUACACAUUCCUGUCGAGAAUGUAAUACUUUGGAGGUGGACUGGAAGUGGCUCGAAGUUUUUGGUAUUGCUGUUUGUAACGCUUGCAAAGACAAAUUCCCUGAAAAAUAUAGCCUUCUCACCAAGACUGAGGCCAAAGAGGACUACCUUCUUACGGACCCAGAGCUGAAAGACGAAGAUCUCCUCCCACACCUCGAAAGACCAAAUCCUCACAAGUCGACAUGGCACAAUAUGUUUCUGUAUCUGAGAUGCCAGGUCGAAGAAUACGCCUUUUCGGACAAGAGGUGGGGCUCUGCAGACGCCUUAGAUGCCGAAUUUCAGAGGAGGGAAGCGGAAAAAAAGAGACGAAAGGAGAAUAAGUUUAGAUCAAAACUGGCCGAUCUGAAAAAGCGGACGAGAGUGGAAGCACACCAACGCAGUCGGAAAGGCGGUGGUGGGAAUUUUGGCGACGACCUAGGGGAUGGAAAGCACAUCCAUGAGUUUGGUCUUCCAGUGGACAAUCCAGAAAGUGGAAUUCCAUUGAAGAAGUGUGUAAUAUGUGGCUUGGAAGUCGAAGAAUUAGACUUGUAG